AUGCGCUGUGAAUGCUUAUUUUUCCUUCUAAUCUAUUCUCUCCGAAUCGACUCAAAAUCCGAUUAUCAAUGGUCCUACGAUCAGGAUUUUUUCAACGGACCACAAUAUUGGGGAAGAGUUGUUAAAGAAUGGUGGAUGUGUGAACGUGGACAAAUUCAAUCACCAAUCGAUAUUCAACCAAAACAACUUCUCUUUGAUUCAUCAAUUAAACCAAUCAAGUUAGAUAAAGUUCAAGUUGUAUCAGAAAUGGUGAAUGUUGGUCAGAUGAUUCGAGUUAGGAUAGGUUAUUCGAGAGCAAGACCGUCUGUGAAUAUUACAAAUGGGCCAUUGAAUGGAUAUCAGUAUAGGUAAGAAACAUUACUUCGUCAGUCGCGUGCGGCUGUGCGUCGCGGUCAAUAAUUUAUAUUUGCUUUGCUUUCCGACCGCGACGCACAGCCGCACGCGUCCGGGAAAAUCGUCUGGAAAAGGGCGUCACGGUGUUGCGCUCUGCAAACAUGCAUACACAAAAGUUGUCCGCUAGAGCGCAUUUUCUUGCUUUGUUUCGUAGGUUAAAUUAAGGCCGUCCGUUUUUUUUAAUAGAAUUUUAUACUGAAACUGGAACCCUUGAGGAGCAAGCAGAGGACCAACCCGUUAAAGGGUUAGUUUCCCCUCAAAAAAAACCGGACGGCCGGAACCCUACGAAACAAAACAAGAAAAUGCGCUCUAACACAAACAAACUUUCUGUAUGUACUUGCAACAUCGUGACGCCUAUUUGCAGACAAUUUUCCACCCUCGCAUAAUUCCAGAGUUUGAUCCGUUUGAUCUCUAAAAAUAGCGAAAGGGCGUGAGAAUUAGGCAAAAAAAACUUUUCUGAGAGAAAAAGCCUUGCUUUCAGAGUUCAACGAAUCGACUUCCAUUUCGGCAACACAACUCACAAUGGAAGUGAGCACACAAUAAACGGUCGAAGAUAUCCAAUGGAAGUUCAACUCGUCGCAUUCAACACCGAUAUUUACCCCAACUUCACGACCGCUUCAAAAAGCCCGCAUGGAAUUGCGAUUCUAUCAAUUCUUGUAGACUUUGGUGAGGAAACAAAUAUGGAACUUCUCAAGAUGACGAUUGCAACAGCUAGUGUGACUUAUAAAGACAAACGGGUGCAAUUGGCUGAAUUUGAGCCGUGGAGGCUACUGCCAAUGACGAGAGAUUUGAUAACUUAUGAGGGUUCUUUGACAACACCUGGAUGUGAUGAAACAGUUACGUGGAUUCUGCUGAAUCAACCGAUUUAUAUCACUAAAGAUCAUGUGAGUAAAAAUCGAGAUUUUUGGAGGAAGUGAGCUUGAAUAUUGGUUUUCAUUCCUAGGACAGACAGGUCCAAGAAAUUUCGAAUGAUAUAAAUUUUUAUGACGUUACGUUACCCAUAGGUGACUUAGGGACACUUAUCCGAUCUGAACAAUUGAAGGUUUUUAAAUCACUCAUGGGUAAAAUUUUUCAUGACGUUACGUUACCCAUAAGUGAUUUAACGAUUUUUAGUUGCUAAGAUCAGCUAAGCGUCCCUAAAUUACUUAUGGGCUAAGAUAUGUGGGCCACCUGUAUGGGCCACAUAUACAUAUGGGUGACGUAAAAUCAUAAAAAUUGAUAUCGUCCGAAUUGUCUCAGACCUGUUUAUCCUAGGAAUAAGAUUAAAACCCAAUACUUCAAGUGACUUGUUCAAAAAAUAUGAAAAUGACAUUUUGUCGAUUUAAAGACAGUUAUGGGGUGAUUCAGGUCGAAAAAAAAAACUAAAAAAAAAAACAUUUUUUUACAAAAAAAAUUCGAUUCAGCAAAUGUCAAAAAACUAUAUUUUUUUCCACACAAAAAUGAGAGAUAUCUCGCAGCGAAAAUAAUUCAAUGAAAAAAAAUGUCAAAAAAUGUCGAGAAAUAGAAAAAAAAUAUAGUUUUUUGACAUUUGCUGAAUCGAAUUUUUUUUGUAAAAAAAUGUUUUUUUUUAGUUUUUUUUUUCGACCUGAAUCACCCCAUUAGACAACUAUAUUUCGAUUUUUCUCGAAGCUUACUGUCAAAAAUUGUUGAACAUGAAAGGAACCCGUAAAAAAUUCCGAGACUGAGAAAAAAAGGGCUGAGAAAAUUCUAUGUUUUCAAAAUUUCAAAUUACCCAAAACGUCCAGCGGAUUGGUGUGUGUGUGCAAACACUGCAACACACUUUUGCGUACAGGAAUAUUUCUGUUCUGUUUGGUUCAAAUAUGUAAAGAGGCUUCGUGGGUGGUCUGGGUUAACCGGGAUAACUGUCCAGUAGCCCUUCCACUUUCAAUAUGUAUAUUUUUCAGUUCUUCGAAUGGUCAAAACUCUACUUCAGCCAAGAGAGUCAAAUAAAAGCACCAAUCGGUCCAAACUAUCGUGCGACUCAAAAAACGAACAAUCGCCUAGUUCGAACCAAUAUUCAACACAAAACCAAUCACAAUUGUAAACUAUCCGUCGGACGUGUAUUCUAUCGUGCCAAUCAGUAUUCGAUGCGAAAAAAUUAG